AUGACUUCUAAACUUAGAGCAGUUCGUUCAGGACAAAGAAGUGCUGUUACAAGACUUUUGAAAAAAUUGGAGGAAUCAUUUUUAGAGGAAAACAAUACAGAGGAUAUAGAGACUAUAGUAUCAACACUAAAGGAGAAGCAAGAAAUUCUUAGGAAUCUAGAUGACAGAAUUCUAGAAGAUACAGUUGAAGAGGAUGUGGAAAAGGAAAUCCUUGAGGCGGAUGAGUACAAAUUUGAUAUAGAGUCAAAAAUUAAGAAAAUCAAAAAACAUCUCUUAGUACAAGGAUCAACUUUAAAUGCAACUGCCAGCAGUUACCAGUAUUUGGAUCGCAAUGAAAAUCUUCAAAUCGAAAAGAAUGCUCAUUCGACGCAUGAUUUUUCUCAAAAUUCAUGUGUUCAGCAGACCGUUACAAGCCUCAAUUUGAAUCCAAACUCUAAUAGUGGUGCUACUCACUCAGCAAACUCCCAUAAGUUACCGAAACUCAAUCUACCAAUUUUUGAGGGAAAUCUUCUUGAAUGGCAAACAUUUUGGGAUUGUUACAAUACAAGUAUUCAUGGGAACAACAGUUUAUCUGAUGUAGAAAAAUUUAGCUACCUUCGGUCAUUGUUGUGUGGAGAAGCACUUCGCGUUAUCUCAGGAUUUAGUUUGACCAAUACAAACUACAGACAGGCAAUAGAUGUCUUAUUUGAAAGAUAUGGGCAAAAUCAUAAAAUCGUCAAUGCGCACAUACAGGCUCUUAUCAACAUACAACUACCAAAGUCUAAUCCAGAUUGUUUGAGAAUUUUUUAUGACAAAAUGGAGUGCUGCAUUAGAGGUUUGGAGUCCUUGGGCACUGACGAAACCACGUAUGGGACGAUUCUAACACCCAUGAUUUACAACAAGCUCCCAGCAGACAUUCGGAAGAACAUUACUCGGGACAAAGGAGAUGACAACUGGGAUUUAAACUCAUUGAGGAGAGCAAUAAAGAAGGAACUUUGCGUUCAGGAUGCUGGAAAUGCUAGCUAUACAAGAUCUAACCAAGAAUCACAGGAGUUCAUCCCAACUGCUAACUUUGUUACAGGAGCAAACCAUAAGAAAACCAUCAAGCAAGGAACUACGGUAAAGCAAUGCUUGUUUUGUAAUGGAAAACACUCGCCAACGGCUUGCCAUGUCAUCACUGAUUAUGAAGAAAGGAUAUCAAUCGUCAAACAGAAGAAAGUCUGUUUUAAUUGCUUUGGAAAACACAAAGUAAGCGAAUGUCAGUCGCAUUUCAAGUGUAGGAAUUGCAAAAAGCUUCAUCAUACUAGUAUUUGCCGCAAUUCUCAAUUCCCACGAAGUACUUCAGAGAGAGCUGUUAAUGCCGAGAGCACACAAUUCAAACAGCCACAUCAACGAGAGCAGUCAUUCCAGCUUCACUCUUCAUCACAUGUUAGAGCCAACACUGAAGUGCUGCUAAAAACUGCUGUGACACCAAUUUGGUAUAGAAAUCAAGAAGUCAACUGCAAUGUUUUGCUAGAUGAAGGAGCUCAAAACUCAUUUAUAACUGAGGAGUUAGCACAGAAACUUGACAUAAAAUCAACGGGAUCCAUCACUCUAAAGAUUUCAGCAUUUGGAGACAAGAACAGUGAAGUUCGUAACCUAGAGAAAGCUACAGUUCAACUAGAAACACAAACCGGAGAGAAAAUUCCAAUGGAGGUCAUCAUCAUUCCAACAAUAGCAGCUCCAAUCUUCAACAGAGCACGUGUCAAUAUCAGGGAACUCUCAUACCUAAAGGGAUUGAAAUUGGCACACCCAAUCAGCUCAGAUGAGCAGUUCCAUAUUUCAAUGCUAAUUGGUGCAGACUACUAUUGGAGCAUAGUAGGAGACAGAAUCAUCAGAGGAAAUGGACCCACAGCGGUCGAAUCAAAGGUUGGAUAUCUUAUAUCUGGACCUAUCCACUCAUCUGGAAAACAGCAUUCAGGGAUGUUCCAUAUUUUGGCAGAUCAUAAAGUGGAAGAGGUUGACCUGGAAAAAUUCUGGAAAAUUGAAUCCAUGGGAAUUGAUGAUCACAGUGAAGAGAUAAAAGGCAAGGAGAAACUCUUGAAUUUUGCUGCUACAUCAAUCGAUAAAGAGGAUGGUCAUCAUGUUGCUAAAAUCCCCUGGAAAGAAAACUCUCCCUGCUUACCUACAAACUACGAGAUUGUGAAAAGAAGAACAGAAAAUGUUAUUCAGAGAUUAGCAAAGGAUCCAAAAAUCUGCAAGGACAAAACUGGACAUGUUAGUCUAAACGACUGCAUUGAGCCAUACUCCCCUGUGAUGAAUGACAUCACGUCAAUAUUGACCAGAUUCAGACUGAACAAGUUUGCAGUAACAGCAGAUAUUGAAAAGGCCUUCCUUCAAAUUGAGCUUCACCAGAAAGACCGUGAUGCAACACGAUUCCUUUGGCUUAGCGAUCCAGGUAAUGCAUCGAGUCCAUUGACAACUUACCGCUUUCGAUCUGUCCUGUUUGGAGCAACUUGUUCACCCUUUAUCCUCAGCGCUACUCUGAUGAAACAUUUUCAAGAGAAUGCAAAUGAAACUUCAUCUCUUCUUGAACAAAAUCUCUAUGUUGACAAUGUUUUAGCCAGCUUCCAGAGUGAGGAAACAGCUAUGAAAUUCUACAAAGAAUCAAGAACCUUACUUGCAGCAGGAGGUUUUAAUCUUCGUUCCUGGAGCUCCAACAGUGAGAUGCUACAAAACUUAUCUAAAGCAGAAAAAACAGCGGAUGAAGACUCUGUCGUUAAAGUUCUUGGAAUGAAAUGGAAUCCACAAGAAGAUACUCUUCAAUAUGCAAAGAAUGAUACUGGACAAAAGAAGUAUCGUGUGACUACAAAGCGAGAAGUAUUGAGAGAAACAUCAAAGGUGUUUGAUCCACUUGAAUUAUUAAGUCCUAUUUCUGUGAAGGCAAAGAUUUUCAUGCAAGAGUUAUGGAAAGCUAAUUUGAAAUGGGACGAAAAACUGCCUAAGUCUAUGCAGACUACAUGGAGAGAAAUCUCAUCAGAAAUUUGUGAUGCAAAGGACAUCAAAAUAAACAGAAAUAACAGUUCGUCAAUAGAUUCAAGGUGUGAUUCAUUGCACGUUUUCUCCGAUGCAAGUCAGCAAGCAUAUGGUGCAUGUGUCUAUUUGUUAUCAAAGAACAAGAUAACAUUACUUAUGGCCAAAAAUCGAGUGACACCAAUCAAGCAGAUCACACUUCUAAGACUAGAACUCAUGGGAGCACUUAUUGGAGCAAGAUUGGGAAAACAUGUAAAAGAAAUAACAGGAGUUAACAAAAUUUACUUUUGGUGUGACAGUCAAAUUGUACUUCACUGGAUCAUUUCACAGAAAACGCCAAACAGAUUUGUAGCAAACCGAGUAAAUGAAAUUAGGGAGAUCAGCAAAUCUUCAACAUGGCAGUAUUGUCCAACAUACUGUAAUCCUGCUGACUAUCUCACACGAGGAAUUGCCCUCAAGAAAUUCAAAGAAGAUACCCUCUGGUGGAAUGGACCAGAAUGGUUAAUGGAACCCCAAAAAUGGCCUGUAUGGGAUGGGCCAACAAAGGCAAUAUUAUGUUCCACAAGCACAGAAGAAGAGAGUGAUAUGAGUCAUCAAACGAAGGUUCAAGAUACUGUAGACAUCAAGACUGAAAGUAUACAGUCAAUAUUGAAACUUGAAGAUAAGAGUUCACUCAUGAUGUUAGUCAGAGUUCUUGCAUACAUAAGAAGAUUCAUUCACAACUGCAGACAUUCUAGUGAAAAGAGAGCAGGAUUUCUCAGUAAACAAGAGUUAGGUGAAGUUAUUAGACUGCUCAUACAAGAUGCACAGAGAACAGAGUUUACAAAAGAAAUGGAAUAUCUGAAACAUCCAUCUGGAAGGAAACCAACAUUGAUCCAGCAACUGAAACUGUUCCUCGAUAACGAAGGAUUUUUAAGGUGUGGAGGAAGAAUUCACAAUGCGCCUCUGAUGGAUAAAACAAAAUUUCCAUACCUUCUUCCAACAUAUCAUCGAUUGACGCAUCUUAUUAUUGUUGAUACACACAACAAACAUGCCCAUGCCAGUUUGAAUUCAACAAUUACCUUACUCCAUGAACAAUAUUGGAUACCGAGGAUUCGACAACGUGUGAAAGGAAUUCUUAGAGGAUGUAUCAGCUGUAGAAAGGUCAUUGGAAAGUCUUAUCAAGCUCCAGAACCCCCUCCGCUACCAAAGGACCGUCUACAGAUGAAACCUCCAUUUACCGUGACAGGCAUAGAUUUUGCAGGACCCCUUUAUGUCAAGGAUAAAUUGGGAGAAAACUCUAAAGCAUAUAUAUGCCUUUUUACAUGUGCCUCAACUCGAGCCUUACACCUAGAGCUAGUACCAAACCUAACACAGAGCUCAUUUCUUCUUGCAUUCAGAAGAUUUAUCAGUAGGAGAUCACUGCCUAGUAUCAUGAUCUCAGAUAAUGCUACAACCUUUCAAUCUGCAUCCAAGGAAAUCAUUAGAUCAUCACAUGCAGAAAACGUACAUCAAAAACUUGCUGAAUAUGGAGUACAAUGGAAAUUCAUUCCAAGUCGAGCUCCAUGGUAUGGUGGAUGGUGGGAGAGACUCAUUGGAUUGACAAAGACUUCAUUACUGAAAGUUCUUGGACGCUCAAAGAUAAAUAUGGAGACUCUUCACACCGUAGUAACGGAAAUAGAAGCGAUGCUGAAUGACAGACCACUGAAGGCGAUUCGUGCAGGACAUCGAGGAACUAUUACAAAUUUUUUGAGGAGAAUUUCUGAGACCAACAAUGAGGAUGAGCAUUGUGCAAUGAUCAAGAUACUGGAGGAGAAACAAGACAUAUUAGAGAAAAUCAACAGCCAGAUCCUACAAGAAUUAUCAAGUGAAGAAGAGAUCCAAAUGGAGAACAGAGAUUCAGUUGAGUACAUGUCACAUUUAAGACUAAGAUUAGCAGAAUUGACAAAGAUCGCUUCAUCUAGCCAGACUUUAGAGAAUGUUCAUCAAUUUAAAUGUAAAUGCGCAAGAGUUUGCUCAAUGCAAUGA